UCGUUCAACUGUAAUAUCGCUCGCCGCGUGACGUCACAUUGAGCGGCAACCUCCAAAACCCGAGACACCCCUCACAAAGCGAGCACAGACUCACUGUCCCCGAAGACCCGCACCACACACCACUAAAACACGACUCGUUAAUGCAACGAUGCAGAAUCGAAAGGGAAGUGCGAUCACAUGGAGUCACGUCUGCCUCUACUCUUUUUCGGGAGUCAUUGCUUUAUCGGAGAAAGCGGCACUGGCACUUUGCUUUACUCACUACCUCUGGACGGGACAGGAGCUGCUGGCCUGGCUGACCCUGGCUCUGUGUCUGCCUCUCACGCUUGUUCAGCUGCUCAGUCUCAAGUGGUACAUCGCUGAUGCAGAACCAUCCAAGCCCUCGCUUCUCCUUGUGCACUGUCUGCAUCUGGGCAUCUAUCACAGGUUAUGGUGCUGCAUGAAGCCUCAGGCCGGGCAGGUUAGGUUCGGUGCGUUAUUAAUGCAGCAGGCUGAUGUGUCUGCUCUGUUACUGAUCGAGGCCCUGACUCUCAGCCUGCCUCAAAGUCUACUGCAGACCUACAGUUUAUUCACCCUUCACCCUGGCUUUCUCUCACCAGUGGUCUUAUGUGUCGGGCUGAGCCUGCUGAAUGUGUCCUGGUCGCUGGUCCUGUAUAGUCGCUCAUGCUUUCUGCUCCGUCCCGGUCACUUGCACAUGACUCCCGCUUCGAUGCUGUGCCAGCUCAUAUGGAGAGGAGGCAUGCUGGGUGCCAGGGUGGCCAGCCUCAUGUUCUUCUGCAGUGUGUUUCACUGGUGGUCCUGUGGAGUCACGGGUUUCCACUGGCUCAUUAUGACAUUCUGGCAAGUGUCCCAGCAGACAGACAUCUGCAUUAACCGUGCUUCCUGGCGGCUCUUCAACUUUAUCUUAGGGGCAAUGCACAUUUUCUUCUUUCUUAACGUUAAAGAUGGGCCCUCUCGGUACCGCAUGACUGGAUUCUAUUUGCUAAUGUUGCUGGAGAACACAUUCCUUCUGCUUCUGGCGUCAGACUCGCUCAGCGGGAUUUCGUGGAACAACAUGAGUGUUCCUCUGAAUGUCUUAUGCAGCUUCCUUAUCGGUGUGAUAUUUGUUGUUCUUUACUACCGAUUUCUUCAUCCAAAAUCUACGGAGAUCCUCCAGAGUCUAAGACUCCAAAUGAGCCUGACGACUAUUGAAACAGCAACCGAUGUGGACCGCAAGGACACAACACUCGGAUCCUCCACCAGCAAGCACGGCACUUUCUCAGUAACUGGUUUUCCUCCUGACAAGCACGCAGGAGGCCCUUCUGUUCAGCCUCUAGAGGGCAACUGGCACCACCAUCAUAUGUUAAUACGUCUGGCUCUCAAAACUGGAAACGCAGACAAGAUCUACUGCAUGUAUGGAGACAGAGGGCUUUCGGUCAUCCUGGAGAAUGAUGACUCUGGAGGGGGCGACUGCAAGCAGCCAAACGUAGAAGCUGGUGAACAAUCGAAAAAUUCAGCUGCAAACCGUGAGGGAUUUUCUGUUGCUGAAGAGAGACAACAGUCUCCAGAGAAGGGAGUGUAUAACACCUGCCCCGCAGACUGCAGUAGCACUGUUUACUUCAGUGCAGAACCGCACUCCUCUGAUAGCGUCGGCGAGGCUAUGUUAGAUAAAGAGAGCAUGGCUGUGAUUAGUCCUAUUAUGAAUGGAGCUGAGCUGCACCUCACUGCCAGACAGCUGUUAAACCGGAAUCCAUGUUAUACCUCAACUCCAAUACCAGACUUCAAAACACUGCAGAGUACAAGUCCUCGAUUAGGAGCGGUGAGAAGACAGGUACAUUUUUAAUACUAGGUUUUAUUUGGGAUAAAGCUGGUAAAUAAUAUUCAGUUUACUAGAUUUCUGCAGGUCUUAAAGAUUUACAAUUCACUCUCUUGCACAAUUUAAGGCCUCAAAUUAGAGAAAAAAAUUAUCGUGGGAAUAUGUUGCGUAAUUUGCAAAAAAAUCUAAAUCUUUCUCUGCAUUUUGUUUUCCAAUACAAAUGUCUAAACAAACUUUAAUCAAGAUUCAUUUACUUGAGAUGUAAAUGAAAAAUUUAGUCUUCAAUGUUGCAAAAUGAAGUGAACUAGAACAAAUAUUUAUCAGUGGGGUACGAAAACUUGUUUUUUGGGGGGAAUAAGACAAAUACCGAGGAAGAACAUCGCAAUUUUCAGUUUAAUCCUUUUACUUUGUUUUAAGUGGUCUUUAAAAAUAUUUCAUUUAUUUUAAUUAAACCUGUAGAAACUGGUUUGUUGUUAGCAAUUAUAACCACUAUAAGCUGGAAGUUAUCUGUAUCUGCAGUUUGGUACCAUUAGCUAUAAGCUCAGUGAAUUAAAAUUGGUUUACAUUUACUGUAAGUUACAUUGACAUAUUUUACUUGCUGCUCUUUUUUUCAUAUUGUUUGAUACAUUUUUAUGAUAUAUACAGUAUAUAUAUAUCUAAUUUUUUUUAUAUUUAGUAUAAUUUGACCUCAAUUUUAUCCAAAGGGAACACUUUGUAUUUUAUAACAGUUGUUUAUAUUUAUAUAUAAUGUUUUUAAAAAAAUAAUUGUAGAAAUCACUGUCAAAAUAAUAAUAAAAUAUUUGUAAUAAACAUUCAGCAUUUACACUUUUUAGAACUCUUCAAACACUUAAAAGUGUACUAAUAUAACGCACGUAC